GAGUGACGCUUGCAUAAAAAAAUCCCUUCCCAAGGAAAAAACUAUCAGUGUAACUUGACCACCUUUCAAAGUUAUCUGUCCCUUACUAAAGGACCAACUUAGACAAGGUCACCACUAUGAACAAGUUUGUUCUCUUCGCCAUGGUAGCAUGGUCCACAGUUCUAUUUCAGCAAACUGUCGUUUCGAAAACAUUUGGGAAUGAGGAAGCGAGAGAUUUUGACGCCGAGAAAGAAGUAUCAGCCAAUGCAGUUACUGAUGAAGGAUGGGGUCUUGAUUAUCUGAACGAUGACUAUGACUUCGACGAAGACGAAGAAGAAGAAGAGGAGGAAAAUUUUCCGGAAAGGUAACAGCUUCUCUAUCCUUUCGCAAAGUAAACAAUUUAGUCUUAUUUCGCUAUACCUACAUUUUUCAGUCAUUCAUUAAAAAUGUCUUCUUCUUCCUCGGGAAUUUGUAAUGAGUUUGCUUCAGUUAGCAAUGCGAACAAAUAAUCAUGCUGUGUUUGUAAAGGCGUAAUACAACAACUAAUAUCCCUUUCAUGGCCCACGAAAAAUUCAAGACAUUGGAGAAAGGGAAGAAAAAAACCCAGAGAAAAAGCCCUAACUAGCUUGGUGGAGAAAUUUACUUUUGUUGAGUAAAUGUUUGCAAAAUGCGGCCGCGUUUCACUCAGUAAAUUAAAAUAGAAGAACUGAGUUAAAUAUCACGGUGACGGUUAGAGCGAUAUAUUGAUUGAAUUUCUGAGACGAAAAUAAGUAUUUUACAAUCGUGUAUAUUUGUAACAGUUGUCACAUCCAUAAAGCUUGCAUUACUAAUUUAUGCAUGUAGCGGUAGUUGGGUGUAAGGAUUUUUCGCGCUCCAUGCUCAUGUAAACUGCUUUCCCCCUUCCAUCCGCCCCGGCUAAGUAGGCUAUUGUACGUUGCGUUUUUAAAUUCAUCCGGCGUGGGAUGAACGGAGCCCUAAAAACGCGGAUGUCGUCAAAAACUGUGUAACCGCGUGGGGUCUGUGUCGAGAACGCCGUGUCCGUAGCCGGGAAAGGUAAGUUAAGACAACGGGAUUCAACGGCGCGACUAACCACUGAUAAAAAAUAUUGUGGCGAGCUUUUUCCGCUCCAAAGUAGUAGGAAAUGAAUAUUAUUACAAAGUGAUUACCUCGGCCACCAAUAAAAAAAUUGGCAUUAUACAUGUACUAGUAUGUCAACCCUUCACCCUUAUGAGUGACUAGCAUCUAAUUUCUCCCAACGAUAUCAACCCUGAAUCACACAUUUAAGUCCUGAGAUUAAAGCAAAUGAUCACAAAUGAAAGAAGGUAUUGAUUUUUUAACAUAUUCUCCUUGUCAGCAGCUUUAGGAAACGUAAGGAGAAUAGUUUGGAGAAUAUGCGUACUGAUCUUAGCUUUAAAGGGUUACAGAACUACGACCAACUGCUGAUUGAUGUUAUCCUGUGACUGAUGUUCAUGAAUCUUUUGUUCAAACUGAAAAAUUAUGUCGUUUGCCAACAGCUUUGUGCAGGAAGACCCAAAACCAUUCUGGGGUCGCAAAGAGAGAGUGGGAUUGCAUAAGGUUCGGAGAAAUUGA